CGAAAUGUUUGAGCCAAAAAUCACAGAUAGUGAUCGAUUGAAAGUAUUCGGACCAGGCGUAGACGAUAUAUUGUGUAAGUAUCAGGUGAAGAAAGUUGACAAAGUUGAUCUCAUCUUCAUUCCAGUACUACUUUCUGAUCAUUACUGGUGCCUAUGCUUUAACAUGAAAAAUGGAGAUAUCGAGUUAAUCGAUAACUCUCGGUAUGCCGAAUCGUUUACCAAACGCUACCGUGGACGCCCCGAAAAGCUGCGGAGAGUCCUAGUGCUAUACCUAAAAGGCAAACUUGGACAAAAAGAGUGGAUAACAAAGUUGGAAAAAGCAAAAAUAAUUCGAAAGGAAAUGGAGUGGAGAACUCUUCAAAACGGUAGUGACUGUGGUGUCUUCACUAUGAGGCAUAUGGAGACAUACAAGGGCAAAUCUCCAUGGAAUGCAGGGUUUAAAACGGAAGACCAGAAAGCAAUGCAAGAUUCACAACUACGGUUUUUGCGGUACAGGUAUCUUAGUAAGAUUGUAUUGUCCGACUACAAUCUUAUAAGGAAGGAGGUAUACGACAAAGCUACGGACUUUAUGGCGAAUUCGAUCCCCGCUAAUGCUUUGCACGAUCUAGAUAGCAAAAUAAGUAACAGAUUAGAGCAGUUCUUCAAGCUCAAAAAGAGGAAACAAAAUGAAAAGUCGUAG